AUGAUGCGUCGCGUGUACUCGCGUGUGGCCUGCCUGUGUGCGGUUCCACAGAGCCGCAACCUGCACUUCCCCAUCACGCCUCCCCCGAUCGAGAUCGAGUACUUGGACGAGGACCCACUGGAGUUUGCCGUCCGAACAGAGGCGCGUAAGUGGGGAUUUGACGACAUGGGCUACAUGCGCGAGCUGGCGUUUGUGCGCAUCAAUGACAACCCCACAGUUGGCCAGUUCCGCAGCAUGACGCCAGAUGAAAGGCGUGACCUCUUUUGGGGUAGCGACCGACAGGACUUCUUCCGGCAUCUUACGUGCACUCUCACAGGCGCCCCGGAACACUUGUACCACCGCGGCUGGUAA